UAAACCUCCUCCACUCGUUCAAGUUCAACCGGUGAAGCGGCGCGUUCUUCCAACUUCCGAGCCCUAACGACACAGUUCGCGCACAGCUGGGCGCUGGUCUGGUCCUUGAUUCGUGCCACCACCACGGACCGAGGCAGCGGAUCCGACCGGCUCCGGCGGGGUCUGGAGAAGCGAGGGCGGCGACCAAACGGGACCUUGGAGGUAGCGCCGGCGGCGACGAGGUACUCUCGUCCGCCGGAGAUGGGGAAGCGGGGAUUUGCGCGCGCGCGCCACGUGGCGUUCUUCGAUGCCAUGGCCACCGAGCUCCCCGACGACUACGCCCCGCAGGAGGUCAACCACCUCACCCUCGGCUACUUCGCCGUCGGCGGCCUCUCGCUCCUUCGGGAGCUCGACCGGGUUAACAAGGAUGAAAUAGCCAAAUGGGUUUUGUCUUUUCAAGUUCAUCCUGAGGCACAUGGUGAUGAGGAUAAUGGUUCAUUUUAUGGAUUCUGUGGUUCUAGAUCAACUCAAUUUCCUUUGCCUAAUGUGAAGGACCCUUGCCACAACGGUAGUCAUCUUGCAAGCACUUAUUCUGCCCUUGCUAUCCUGAAGAUUGUAGGCUACGAUCUAGCAAAUAUUGAUAGCAAGGCACUUUUAUUGUCUAUGAAAAAGCUCCAACAACCAGAUGGAAGCUUCAUGCCUACUCAUAUUGGGGCGGAAACGGACCUGCGCUUUGUAUACUGUGCAGCUGCAAUCUGCUCAAUGCUAGAUGACUGGACAGGAAUGGACAAGUUAAAGGCAAAAGAAUACAUUUUUAACUGCCAGUCAUAUGAUGGAGGCUUUGGCAUGGUUCCUGGUUCCGAAUCUCAUGGUGGAGGAACUUUUUGUGCUGUUGCGGCUCUCCAUCUAAUGGGCUUUGUUCAAGUCGAUUUGGCAUCCAACUUAAGAGAUUCUGCAUCUAUUGACAUACGCAUGCUCCUUGAGUGGUGUCUUCAGAGGCAAGUGACUGAUGGAGGAUUCCAAGGGAGAAGAAACAAGCCCAGUGAUACCUGCUAUGCUUUUUGGGUUGGUGGUGUCCUAAAGAUCAUUGGCGCUUACCAUUUGAUCGAUCAUUGUGCUCUUCGGGAAUUUUUGCUGACCUGCCAGUCACCUUAUGGAGGCUUUACAAAAUUUCCAUACAAUCGGAUCCCAGACAUCUACCAUUCUUACUACGGCCUGGCUGCCCUUUCCUUGUUGGAAGAGGAAGGACUUGAACCCCUCUGCGUUGAACUAGGGAUCCUCUUGGCUGCAUUCCAGUUAGCCAAAACCCACCCAUCUCGGCGUCUCGUUCCUCCUCGCGCGGCUCCGGCGAUGGCGGGCGUUGGCUCGGCGCUGCGGCGGCUCUACCUAUCGGUCUACAACUGGGUUGUCUUCGUCGGAUGGGCGCAGGUGCUGUAUUACGCCGUCCUGGUGCUGCGGAAGAGCGGGCACGAGGCCGUCUACGCCGCUGUCGAGCGGCCGCUGCAGUUCGCGCAGACGGCCGCAAUCAUGGAGAUUCUGCACGGACUUGUAGGGUUGGUGAGGUCUCCGGUGUCUGCUACUCUUCCACAAAUUGGAUCCAGGUUGUUCCUUACAUGGGGCAUCUUGUGGAGUUUUCCUGAGACCCGAUCCCACAUUCUUGUUACCACCCUGGUCAUAAGCUGGUCGAUCACAGAGAUCAUUAGAUACUCUUUUUUUGGGAUGAAGGAGGCACUUGGAUUUACACCUUCAUGGCUCCUAUGGCUGAGGUAUAGCACCUUUAUGGUGUUGUAUCCUACUGGUAUCUCGAGCGAGGUUGGCCUGAUUUGGAUUGCCUUGCCAUACAUAAAGGCAUCGGAGAAAUAUUGCUUUAGAUUGCCGAACAGAUGGAAUUUCUCGUAUGAUUACUACUUUACAUCCAUUCUUGCCCUCAUGAUCUAUAUUCCAGGAAGCCCGCACAUGUUCACCUACAUGCUCUCUCAGCGCAAGAAAGCUCUAUCGAAGGCUAAAACUGCGUAAUGCUGCUAAGAGCUUGGUAACCGAAUGCAUUGCGUGAUGUCGCAAUGUGCCUCAACUCUUUCAGUAGAAGUUAGUGAUUGGGGAUUGUUAGAAUAGAACUAUUCUCAUGAAUUGUUCGAUCAAUACAUGUUGUACCAAGGAAUGUAUCAGGUGCUGCAUGUUUGAACUAUUGUUGUUUCAAAAUCGGCCAUAAUUCACAGGGUGAAUUUCCAUGUUGAUUUGAUGCCUUUGUUGAUCCCUCAUACAUCUGAUACAAAUAUCUGUUGUUGUACUUGAAAUGCCAUGGUGAUUUGAUGCCCUUUUUCCAAUUAA